UAGACUUCAAGUGCGUAUCUGGUGUAUAGAACAAACUUUAAUUAAGACUGCGCUACCAGUCCGUCACCAUUGGCACAGCGCAGCGGAUGUCAUUUCAGAUCUAGAGCAGAGCCCAACUGGGGAAGUACCUCCACCUUACAGAAAACAGCAGCCAAAUAACACUAGACCCUACUCAUACUGUUGUGUUCCUGCCGACUCCAAAAUGAAGUUCGGUAUCCUCGCAGCCGUCGUCGCUCUGGCCAUCGCCGCGCCUCCCAGAGCCGACGAGCAGCUCAUCGUCACCAAGAAGUUCUACCCCGACUCCUUCGCCAUUUACACCGGCCAACACGACAUAAUCGACAUCGUCGUACCACUCAACCAGAUCAACUACUCUGAGGACAGCAAAGAAGAUACUGACGAAACCAAGCUCACUGUCUUCUUCGUUGAAGCUGAUGUUAAAGACGAUGGAACUUACGACUACAAGGGAUUGUAUGUCUAUAAAAAUGGUGUAGCCAAGAAGGUACUUGAGAAUGGACAGUGUUCAACUUACGCUAAGAACAAGAUCGUUUACUUCGGCGCUAGCGAUGGCAUCUACAAGUACAACGAACUAGACCAGACUGCGACCAAAUAUGGUACCGUUUCUGACAGCGUUAUCAGAAUGGCUGUUGAUACUGAACAUGCUCACGUAUAUUACUUAACUUCAGAUUACGUUCUUUAUAAAUUUGAUGAAGAUGAAAAAAUGGCCACUAAAGUUGAAGCAGUUAAAGACGCUAGAGACAUGGUUUUCGAUUACGACGGUAUCAUGUUCUUCUACGACGGCAACCACCAACUCUACACUUACAACGGCGAGCGAGUCCUUAAAAUCGAGGGUCUCCCCGCUCAACCCACUAAAGUAGCACUCAUCAGGGUUCCAGUUUCGGUCAACCAGAUGUUCGCUGUUAUUGAUGGCCGUCUUUAUGAGCUGAAUGUGAACGGUACUAGUGAGAUGGCGCCAAUUAAGUUCCAGGCUCAACCGACCGCGUAUGCUCCGGACGCCAUUCUAUACCAAUACUAUGCGUACAAGCAGAAGAUUUACCUGUACAACCUAGUUACCCGGUUUUCUAGUAAGAACAUUGAUGAACUGAACCAGUUCUUUGAAGAUAAUGCGGAACAGAUCAACGCUUACAAGAACAUGAAGGUGUCUAGCCGUUUGUAAUUUGUUUUGACUGAAUAAAGUUUUGUUAUAAUUUA